AUGACGGCCAGUAUGCUAUUAACAGAGCCAGUUGAAGAGCUAACAAGCUGGGAAGAGAAUAUGCGAAUUGGAUAUCACAACAAUUACCAACAUCUAUUGGGUAAAAAUGAAUUACAAAUAAACAGUGCUCUGAAUGAGAAUACAAGAGAGCACAAUAUGAUGAUGCACGGGAUCUUAUACGUGAUAUUUACCGAGGGUGAUGUUUCACAGUUGGACAAGCAUUUGAAUAGACUGAUACUUUGUGGUACUUUACAGAUACCCCUGGAGACUUUAAUUGAAAUGUCAUCGCAGGGAAGAAAAUUUAAGAUGUAUACAUUGAGGACAAUACAUCGUAUACUGUGGCUUAUAAGGAGAUUAAUUUCCAUGGGAGUGAAGGGAACAGACAAUAAUAAUAUGGAGUUAGUAUGUGAAAACAUGCUACGGCAAAUACGAGGGAGUGAUAAUAGCGAGAGCAAUCUUUUUAUAUGCGAUCAAUUUGUCGAGAUAUUCUCUAGAGAUUACAGCAUGGGUUUUCUAUCCAAUCACCCAAGAUUGGUUGCAUUGGUGAUAUUUACAUUCUUACGGAAACUAAGAGAUCAUUUUGGCAAUGAUUAUCAGAUUUUGGCGAAUAAAGAGGUUGAACUAUGCGAAAAACUAUUAAAGACCCAGCCCAUAUGUAAGUAUAUCGGUCGUGAUUUGAUCCGUUUACUUAUGGAUGUUGCCAGACAUCCUAGGAUUCGUGUAAUCUUGAGCGAAUUGGUUCAUGCUCCAACUAAAUUUCCGGGAUAUGAAAGUCUAACGGGAUUGUUGUGCACUCCCACCCCCAGCUUCCUAAUAAGAAGUCGAAUUACUUUUUUUAUGGAAGAUCAUUUAAAAGAAAUCUUUCAUACUGAAAAUCAAAAACACGCGAGAAAAUUCAAAUGGUUUCUCAAUGAAUUUUUCAACGGAUCACCAGGAUAUCUCGUGGUGGAUGUGAUUCGGUUUAUUUGUGCCUGUAUACAUCCUACUAACGAAAUGCUUCGUUCAAAUCUCGUCAAACGGUGGACAAUAAUUACAGAAUUGAUUAAGCUUGUACAGAAUGAUUGUGCGAUUGCAUCUCAAGCACGACUAGCUUUGUUUUAUGAUUGGCUGUGUUGGACUAAACAAGAUAAUAUAAUGAAUAUUGAACCGGGAAUCUUAGUAAUACUGGAAAACAUUACGGUUCAGUCCAUGGUCACCAAUAGCUUGAUUGAAUACUUGCAUUUUCAGGUGAAUCAUUUCUGUAAUAUACAAGGUUAUAGAACACGUAGACAUGUGGAAGAUGCUAUGGAUACGGUAUUUAAUCUAGGUGUUAUAGUGCCAGAAGCUCUGAAUUUAGCCAUUAGUUCCGGAUGCUUGGAUUCUUUUGCCAAAAGUUACAUUAUUGGAUUAUGGGGUAAUCACAUCAGUCAAGCUCUCAGAGAUGUUAACCGCAAUCAGGCUAUAAUCCAGCAGCAGCAGCAACGAAGACCCUCUUUGAGCAUUCAAACUUCAACCCCUCAAGUACCCACACUACAGACACGAAGAUCUUCGAUAAGUAUCCAAACUAAUUCUCCGGGCUCAGCAAUAGUCCCUAAAAGGCCCAAUAUCACCACUAACUCGACAAUUUCCGUGUCAACAAUCACCAAUACUCCCGUUACUGCCGAGCCUUUAUCAAUAGCGGCCGCAUCUCCAUUAAAUUCAGCACAAAUUCCUCCUUUCUCGUCUAACCAACUUGCUGAUAUUAAGGAAGAAUCGAUGAAAAUGGAAGUCGCCACCAAAGAAGUUGCUAUGCAAUAUGCGCAAAGAAUCAGUGCAAAUCAAAAUCUUGGUAAAAUUAAAGAAGAACCGAUGAACAUGGAAGUCUCCACCAAAGAAGUUGUUAUGCGAGAUACGCAUAGAAUCGGUGCGAAUCAAAAUCUUGAUACCUUGAAUAGGCUUGUUGAAUCAAAUGGUCAUGAUAAUAUCAUGCAAGAGACUGAAAAUAUUUUGGUAACUUCACAAAAACAAGAUAAAGCAAUUCUCUCAAAUUUCGCGUCUCAAUCAACAAUUGGACCAACUUCUGCAUUCAACUCCCCACUUCCAAUGCCUACUCGAUUAUCUUCCUUAUCCGCGUAUACCGAAUCAAGCUCUCCUCAAGCAUCUAAAGGCAUGAACCGGUUUUGGCUUUACGGAAAAAAACUCGAUACAUUUGAUCAAACCGAAGAUCCGGCCGAGGCAGAAAAAUUGAUUAUAGCAAUUUUUGAAGAUAUGCAGCGACAAAGCAUCGACGCAUUUGGUUCUGUCGGGGAUCGCAUUGCACCUAACGUCCGUAAAUUUCUUGACACUUCAAAUCUGUUUGAUGUUAUUCUGAAAAGCUACUGGGAGGCCCAAGAGUCGGAAAAAGAUGGAAACACAAUGAAGAUUUCUGAAUUAAUCAUAAAAGUGGGCGAAAUCGAUUCGGCACAAGACAUUGUUCGUACUGGACUUUUGUUAUCGGGUUUAAGUCGAAUAAAACAGAAUUCCCCUAGUUUUGCUCAAAAAUUGUUGUCAGUUUACAAGAAUUUUUUGGAAAAGCAGAUGCAAUUCUAUAAAACUAAUGAUGACGACAAGCUUCAAGAAACCAAAAGGAGAAUCUUACGUGAUCUGACGAUCCUACAGAAAAACCAUGUGGAUAUUUUCCUUUCUAUAUGGCUGUUAAUCUUAAAAGAAUUGCGAGAAUAUUUAGUGGGUGAUGUAGAUUUUAUCUAUUUGACUAUUUCAAGAAUGAGUCCUGCUUUGGCUUUAUCUAUUCAAACCAAUCUUCGUUUGAACAAAAUUCAGAUUUUUGGCGAAUGUGAUUUUGACGAAUUGCUUGGAUACGUGUUUUCAUGGUCGGAGUAUGAUCAAGGCGUAUUUUUCGAGCUGCUUAAUGCAGAAGUAGGAGGGAAAUUUGAGAAAAUUGCGCAAAUUGUGGAAAAUUCAACCUUCUUAAGAGGGAUGGAUGUGACAGAUUUCCCACAAGCAAUAAACGGAAUACUGAACUUACUUGGGUCUGUUCGUCCUUCGGAACAAUUUUUCCCUUUGUUCUUUAGUCUACUCGAAAAUCAAGAGCACAAUUCGAACGUGAAUUUCGUGGCAAUAAUAUUCGAACAAUGGCGUCGAAUAUUUUCCAACGAGUUUAUGGAACUGUUGAGGGAAGUGAUCGAAAAACUCUUCGAUAGAGUGACGGAAUCUCAAGAGAAGCAGAAAAAGGGACAGCUACCGAAUGAAAAUACUGUCACGGAAGCGGAGGGGCUAUUGUUGGUCAUGAAGGCUUGGUGGGCGAAAGAGCAUGCUGAUGUUGAAACAAUUCGGUUUAUAAGGAAUAAAAGAAUUCUGUCGAAUCUUGUGGCGCUCGCAUCCAAAAUGCCUUCGCAAGAAAAUUAUCCACCAGAAUGGUGGAAUGGAAAUUAUAGCGACGAGCAACCAAAUGUGUUAUCAGAGCGAUCAAACGAACCUCCAAAUCAAACCACUAUAACAACUAAAACUCGUAAUCUUCGAGGUUCAAAAACCGCGAAAAAAGCAUCAUCGACAAAUGAGCAUAAAAAAGAAACAGAAAUACAACAGCCUCAGAGAAAACGCACUACCAGAUCUCAGUCGAAACGAGAAAAAGCUAAAACAAAAGCAAAAGCACCCACCACGAGAUCUAAAAAAACUGUCGAAACAGCAUCAUCAUCAUCCUCAAUAAGUUCAUCCGAAGAGCAAGAAGCAAAUAAAGAUGACUCAGAGGACGAAGAAGAAAAAAGGGAAAACGAGACUAAUGGAAAAAGUAAGAAAUCCUCAUCGUCAUACAAUAAUCGCUCCAAAACACAAUUACAAACUCGUAGCGGUAAGAGGAUAACCAGACCAUCGGCGGCUUCAGCAUCUACAUCGAUUACUACAACUUCACGAGCUAAUGGUAAUAGAAAGAAGAGGAUAAUUGAAGAAAUCGAUGAAGAUUAA